UGAGAGAAAUUAAGUGCAAGACAAUUAACACUACACAAGGUGCUGCAAAACAAAAACAAGAGGGCAGUGAACAUGGGUGAAGCUAAAGAAAUCUGGUCUGCACCAAUUACUCCGAGAACCGGGGUGACACCGGUGGUGGCGUCGCCGCCAGUGUCAUGUCCACCUUCUCAGCUUCACUCACCUUCUCUCACUAGGUCACCCUUGCUUGAGAAUGGAGAUCAUCCUGCACAUCGAAGAACUAGUAAGACUCCAAAGACUCCAAGAACUCCUAGAACUCCUAGAACUCCAAGAACCCCAGGAGGAAUCAUUACCUCUUUAACUCCAAGGUUUCUUACCCCUCUGGGAAGCCCUGUGAGGAAAGCUCUGAGGCUAACCAAGCUUGAUCCUCAGGAUGCUUGGCUGCCAAUCACUGAGUCAAGGAAUGGAAACAAAUACUAUGCUGCUUUUCACACUCUUUGUUCUGGGAUUGGUAUUCAGGCUCUUGUUCUCCCAUUUGCCUUCACUGUUCUUGGUUGGGCCUGGGGAAUAAUAAGUUUGACUAUAGCUUUCGUAUGGCAACUUUACACCUUAUGGUUGCUUGUUCAUCUUCACGAGUCCGUGGAGAAUGGUGUUCGCUACAGUCGAUACAUGCAGCUCUGCUUUGUUUCAUUCGGUGAGAGACUGGGGAAAUUGUUAGCCUUGUUUCCAAUACUGUACCUAUCAGCAGGGACAUGCUCCACAAUAAUCAUCAUAGGAGGAUCCACAGCCAGGACAUUCUACCAAGUAGUGUGUGGUGACUCAUGCACAGCCAAACCCAUGACCACUGUGGAAUGGUACCUGGUGUUUACUUGUGCAGCUGUGGUGCUAUCACAGCUACCCAACUUGAAUUCUAUUGCUGGGGUUUCACUCAUUGGAGCUAUCACUGCUGUUGGGUACUGUACCUUUAUUUGGGUGAUCUCUGUAGCACAGGGUUCCAUGCCAGGGGUGAACUAUAACCCUGUAAGGCCUGGAAGCAGUGCUCAAAAUGCUUUUAAUGUGCUUAAUGCACUGGGUAUUAUUUCCUUUGCAUUUAGGGGCCACAAUCUUGUCCUUGAAAUACAGGCCACCAUGCCUUCAAGUGAGAAGCAUCCAUCACACGUUCCCAUGUGGAAAGGAGUCAAGGUUUCUUACACAAUCAUCGCAGCGUGCCUCUUUCCUUUGGCCAUCGGUGGCUAUUGGGCUUAUGGCCAAAUGAUUCCAGCAGAUGGAGGAAUGCUGGCAGCCUUGUACGCAUUCCACUCUCGUGAUGUAUCCAGAUUUUUGCUCGGGUUAACUAGCUUAUUGGUGGUGGUGAAUGGAUUGUGUUCAUUCCAAAUAUACGCCAUGCCGCUUUUCGACGACCUGGAAUCACAAUUCACAACAAGAUGGAAGAAACCAUGCCCCUGGUGGCUGCGUUCAAUUUUCCGCUUGUUCUCCGGGUUCAUGUGUUUCUUCAUAGCGGUGGCGCUUCCAUUUUUGUCGCAACUGGCCGGUUUGAUCGGAGGAAUAUCAUUGCCGGUGACAUUGGCGUACCCGUGUUUCAUGUGGCUCAAGGCCAAGAAGCCUAAGAUUUACAGUCUUUCGUGGUGUGUGAAUUGGUUCUUGGGGACACUGGGGAUGGGACUCAGUGUGGUUUUGGUGGCUGCUAGUAUAUAUGUUAUCAUUGACAAAGGUGUUAACGUGAGCUUCUUUGAUCCUAAGUAGUGUCAAAUAAAAGAGGAAAGAACUAAUAGGGAAGUGAGUUAUGAAGGAAAUUACGAUUGCCUUGUUUUGUUUUAGAAAUUCAAAUUUGUAAUAUGAACGCCGGAUUUAUUUAUUAUGGACCAGUUUUUUGUGGUCUAAUGUUACACCA